CCCUUUGGCUGAUUGUAGAAAGAAGCAUCUUGGUGGAACACUAUGCUGAACCAGUGGCUGCAUUUAUGCCCUGUUCUAAGCACUUUGCUUGUCGUACUACAGCCUGAACAGUGACUUCUGCAGCUUUCCUAAAAACAUGCUUGCACUUGUAAAAAAGGCUUUAUGUCUUUGUGUCAGCCUCAAGAGGUCAUAUAAUGCUGGCAUUUUUUCAUAUUUUUCUCCGGGGCUAGAAAAGCCUCCUGGACAUUGUGUCACAUUCCCCAGGCAAUAUCGCUCAGAGACUGGCAAGGACACAGUAGAUAUGGCAUUGUUUCCUGUUGAAAACAUUAGAAAUUUCAGCAUAAUAGUUCACGUAGACCAUGGGAAAAGUACUCUAGCAGAUAGGCUGCUGGAGAUAACAGGAACAAUUGUCAAAGCUGACCAUAAUAAGCAGGUGCUGGAUAAAUUGCAAGUGGAACGGGAACGAGGAAUCGCUGUUAAAGCCCAGACUGCCUCUCUCAUUUAUAAUCACAAAGGAACAAAUUAUCUCUUAAAUCUCAUUGAUACGCCUGGCCAUGUAGAUUUUAGUUAUGAAGUAUCACGAUCAUUGUCUGCUUGUCAAGGUGUCUUGCUUGUAGUGGAUGCAAAUGAGGGUAUUCAAGCUCAAACGGUUGCAAACUUUUAUCUUGCAUUUGAAGCACAGCUGUCAAUAAUUCCUGUUAUAAAUAAGAUUGAUCUAAAGAAUGCAGAUCCCGAGAGAGUGGAAAAUCAAAUUGAAACAGUAUUUGAUAUCCCCAAAGGAGACUGUAUUAGGAUUUCUGCUAAACUGGGAACAAAUAUUGAAAGAAUACUUCAGGAAGUUAUCGAAAGAAUCCCUCCGCCCAGAGCUAGCACACGUGACCCAUUGAAGGCUUUGGUGUUCGACUCUACCUUUGAUCACUACAGGGGUGUGAUUGCCAACAUAGCAUUGUUUGGUGGAGAGGUUCAUAAAGGCCAUAGGAUAACAUCAGCUCAUACAAAAAAGGUUUAUGAAGUUAAUGAAGUGGGAAUUCUGACACCCAAUGAGCAGCCAACACAUACAUUAUAUGCUGGCCAGGUUGGCUAUCUCAUUGCUGGAAUGAAAGAAGCCACAGAAGCCCAAAUAGGCGAUACAAUCUAUUUGCAUAACCAGCCAGUGGAGCCAUUGCCCGGGUUUAAAUCAGCAAAACCAAUGGUCUUUGCAGGAAUGUAUCCAGUAGACCAGUCGGAAUAUAGUAACCUGAAAAGUGCUGUAGAGAAACUGACCCUUAAUGACUCCAGUGUUACUGUUCACCACGAUACUAACCUUGCCUUGGGAGCUGGAUGGAGGUUGGGUUUUCUUGCCCUUUUACAUAUGGGAGUUUUUAAUCAGCGUUUGGAGCAAGAAUACAAUGCGUCUGUCAUUUUGACAGCACCCACCGUGCCCUAUAAAGCUGUUGUUUCAUCAGCAAAGUUGAUAAAGGAAUAUGGGCAAGAGGAGAUCACCAUAAUUAAUCCUUCUGAGUUUCCUGACAAGUCAACAGUGGUGGAAUAUUUGGAACCUACCAUUUUGGGCACCAUCAUAGCACCCGAUGAAUAUAUUGGGAAAAUAAUAAGCCUUUGCCAGACCCGAAGGGCUAUUCAGAAGGACCUGGUGUACAUUGAUGACCACAGAGUCAUGAUGAAAUAUUUAUUUCCACUGAAUUAAAUUGUAGUAGACUUCUAUGAUGCUCUGAAAUCCCUCUCCUCUGGAUAUGCCAGUUUUGACUAUGAAGAUGCAGGAUACCAACCUGCCGAUCUUGUCAAAAUGGAUAUUCUUUUAAAUGGGAACGCUGUAGAAGAGCUGGUAACUAUUGUUCAUAAGGACAAAGCAUACACAGUUGCUAAGGCUAUGGGUGAACGAUUAAAAGAUGUUAUUCCAAGACAACUAUUUGAGAUAGCUAUUCAGGCAGUUGGAAACAAAAUAAUUGCGAGAGAAACAGUGAAAGCUUAUAGAAAAAAUGUCCUGGCAAAAUGUUAUGGUGGAGAUAUUACACGGAAAAUGAAGCUAUUGAAGAGGCAAGCAGAAGGAAAGAGGAAGUUGAGAAAAAUUGGGAAUGUGGAAGUUCUAAAGGAUGCAUUCAUAAGUGUCCUAAAGAGACAGCCUGACAAGUAGUUGGAAAUAACUGUUUCACAGACUAGUGCUGUUUACAAGGUGGGCAUCCUGCCUUGAAUGUGAUCUAUGUAGCUCAAGACUAUGAAGUUUUA